CUUCUGGACAUAUACAUAACAAUAAUAAAUAAUAAUAGUGGUUUCUUGUAUAGCGCUCAUGUCAGUCAGAUUUGACCCUCAUGGCGCUCCCGAUUAUUACCCUUACAUGAUAGAGGCAAACUGUUUUAUGACGAACUAAACAUUUUUAUUCAUUAUAAGAAUAUUAUUCCCACUUCCUACCCAUCAACCAAGCGGACCCAUGCGUCACCCCACCAUCUCUCCAAAACGGCCGCGUCGCAUACGGUGAUGACGUGUAUAUGAUUUACGCGUGUGAUCCUGGUCACCUGAUGGACGCCGAACAAGACUCGGUGGUCCUGCUUUGCAAUACUUCAUCGGGGGAAUGGAGCGGCAGGAUGCCGAUUUGUAAUCGUAUCCAAUGCCCUGAUCCCGCCGUGCCAAACUUCGGAUCAGUCGAAGGAUCUGGACGUUCCUAUGGCGACGAGGUCACGUUCUCCUGCGAGUCAAACUUUCGUCUGUUGGACCCUACGGUGACAAGCACAUGCACACAGUAUGGAAGCUGGUCCGAGAAAACACCGACAUGCAUGCCUGAUCUGUCAAACGUGGAUGUAUGCCCAUCGGGUAGCUGGAAUUACAUAGAUGAGGCAUGCUUCCUGGCAAGUGAUGACGGUAAGGAUUGGGCGGAGGCCAGAGAUGAUUGUGCAACUAUCUCUCCUGACAACCCUUAUGGCCAACUAGCCAAAAUCCCUGACCAGUCAACCCAAGAGUUCCUAGCGGGGAAACUUCAAGGCAGAAUCAAUUCCUACUGGAUAGGUGCUUUUGAAGGGCUAAAGUGGUACUGGGAAGGAUCGGAUUCCGAAGCUCAAUAUUUUUCAUGGGCCGACGGAGAACCUAACGGCGCAACUGACGAAAAAAUCUGCAUUCAACUCAAAGGGGUACCCUCUUCGGAAUUCGACAACUACGAUUGGAAUGAUGAGAGUUGCGGAGUUUCUAAUCCGUUUAUCUGCGAGUUCGAGCAAGCCUGUCCUGUUACUAUUCCGGGACUUGCUGAUUCACCUCAGGUGCCUUACGGCACGAACUGCGCAGUCUUUGUGACUAUCUGGAACAGCUGGGACAAUGCACGCAGUUAUUGCUCUGAUAAAUCCGGCCAGCUGGUGGAGAUUGCCACAGAGGUCCAGCAGCAGCUUCUGGUUUCCAUGGCGAAUGAGGAAGACGACGGAUCGCGACCCAACUGGUGGAUUGGAGGGUUCCGAGAUGACUCGAAGCCAGACGAAGAAGUGCUCUUUCUAGAUGGACCAGCAGUAACAAAUCCCUUUUGGGCGCCGGGUCAGCCAAGCAGAGGAUUUGAGCGCUGCACCGAUCUCUUAGAUGACGAUUUCAGUUGGAAUGAUGAAAGGUGUGCGACUAACAGAGGAUACAUAUGCCAGUAUCCUGGCAAACGCGGACCACAACAGUGCAGUGAUCCCGGUGCGUCUGCACACGGCACCUACAUUACAUCUUACCCUAAUUGGCUGUUCGGGUCUUACGUCACGUUUUCCUGUGACGCAGGCUACGAACUAGAUGGAGGAGAACGGAUAGAAUGUGGACAAGAUGGUUCGUACAGCGGCGAUCGUCCCGAAUGUAAACCGGUUUCAUGCAGUUCCUCAUUUCCAACAUUGCCGAAUUCGGAUCUCUAUGAGCCAAAUACGACCGAAUAUCGGAGUGUGGUCGUCUAUCUCUGUCAGGAACAGUACUAUCCGGUCGGCGACGUCUCUUCAGUCUGUCAGACCGAUAGUAGUUGGAGCCAGCCAACGGGGCGUUGUGAAGAAACGUUACCUACGACAUUGGAAAUCUCGAGUACCAGCAUUUCAACUACUCCAUCUUCGGGACCAGGAAAUCCGUCAACUCCAUCUUCGGGACCAGAAAAUCCGUCAUCUCCAUCCUCAGGACCAGAAAAUCCGUCAACUCCAUCUUCAGGACCAGGAAAUCCGUCAACUGCAUCUUCAGGACCAGGAAAUCCGUUAACUUCAUCUUUAGGACCAGGAAAUCCGUCAACUUCAUCUUCAGCACCAGGAAAUCCGUCAACUCCAUCUUUAGGACCAGAAAAUCCGUCAAAUCCAUCUUCAGGACCAGGAAAUCCGUCAACUCCAUCUUCAGGACCAGGAAAUCCGUCAACUCCAUCUUCAGCACCAGGAAAUCCGUCAACUCCAUCUUCAGCACCAGGUAAUCCGUCAACUUCAUCUUCAGGACCAGAAAAUCCGUCAAUUCCAUCUUCAGCACCAGGAAAUCCGUCAACUCCAUCUUCAGCACCAGGAGAUCCGUCAACUCCAUCUUCAGGACCAGGAAAUCCGUCAACUCCAUCUUCAGGACCAGGAAAUCCGUCAACUUCAUCUUCAGCACCAGGAGAUCCGUCAACUCCAUCUCCAGCACCAGGAAAUCCGUCAACUCCAUCUUCAGCACCAGGAAAUCCGUCAACUUCAUCUUCAGCACCAGGAAAUCCGUCAAUUCCAUCUUCAGCACCAGGAAAUCCGUCAACUCCAUCUUCAGCACCAGGAAAUCCGUCAACUCCAUCUUCAGCACCAGGAAAUCUGUCAACUUCAUCUUCAGCACCAGGAAAUCCGUCAAUUCCAUCUUCAGCACCAGGAAAUCCGUCAACUCCAUCUUCAGCACCAGGAAAUCCGUCAACUUCAUCUUUAGGACCAGGAAAUCCGUCAACUCCAUCUUCAGGUCCAGAAAAUCGGACAACCCAUUUUCCAGGAGUGGGAAAUGCAACAACUGUGUUUUCAAGAACCACAGCUUCAACAGACAGCAUGAUCCUUUUGCAAUGCGGGUAUUUCAGUAUGACAGUGACGAUCCCGCUCACACUCGUUGGCGGGGUGACGAGCGGUGAGGACCUCCAUCUCCUAGACGAUGACGACUGCACGGGAAUGAUCUCUGAAGAUAAACGCUUCAUCAGUAUCACAACUAACCUCACUGACUGCAAUAACAAAAUAAAGGAGUACGACACACAAAUCGUCUACAGUAACGCCGUGGUGGAGAGAACUGCGGAUAGCCCGAUCACCCGGCUGAAGAAAGUAUAUGUGCCUUUCUCCUGUGCAUACAAUCGAUCUGGAAACGUGGAACUAGACUCUUACCAGAUUACCUAUUAUGAGCUGAAUUCCACCAAAGUUUCAGUCGGGCAUUAUGAAUUCGCGCUGGACAUCUUCAAAGACGACGACUUCGAGGAGAAGUAUGCCGACUCCGAAUACCCUGUAGAUGUGAACCUGGACAAGGAGCUGCAUUUCGGUGCAUCGGUCCCUUCUCAAGACGGUUCAUUGGACGUGUCCAUCAAGAGUUGUGUGGCAACACCAUCUGCCUCGUACAACGAUGUACAGUGGACUAUCAUCCGAGAUGGGUGUGCCGUGGAGAUGUCAACCCAUAUUGAGGACGAGGCUCUUGGUUUUGUUGGCGUGACCAUGAAUACAUUCAGGUUCGUGGAGCUGGGUAAUAGGGUUUACAUCCAUUGUGAUUUGUUGGUAUGUCGGGCAAUCACCGGAAAUGAGUCCUCGGAAUGUGACACUGCAUGCGUCGGAACUUCGGGUAACCGAGCCCGCCGCGACGUUGGAGAGAACCGUCUUCAACUGAAGAGGAUCAUGAAAGGACCAUUACGAUUGAGAAGAAGAGCCAACAUUCACCCAUCACUUGAUAACAAGUUAGAUUCCGAGGAAACACCAGCAGUCCAUCCAAUAUUCAACAUCUGGAUCAUGACGAUUGUUGCCAUGGCAACUCUUUGCGUCCUUAUCAUCGGCGUGCUUUUCGUCUUGAUGCGGAGGAUGACGUCUUAUGAUCAAACGCACGAAGUCGGCAAAUGUCCCGAGAAAGGAACCCGAGCAUGUUAUUGAACAAAUUUAUUCAAUGAGACACAUCUGAUAUAAUUAUGAAUUAUCAUUUUCUGGCAUAUAAUAUAGCUUAUAUACAUGUUUUAUUAUAAAAUAAGAAAUUAUUGAGAUUUGCACCGAGUACUUUAAAACGUGUAGACAAUAAUAACACUAUAAAUAAACAUACAGGCAGUAUAAUAUAGAUUUACGUAGAUAGAGGAAAAUAUAUACAAUUUUAUAGACGUGUGUAUAUGUAUGUUUUAGUAAGGUUUUUGAGAGUGUUUAUAUGAAAUACACAAGGAAAUACAAUAGCUAUAUCAGCUGAAAAUCCCCCCUUUUUCAAAUUAGAUGUGUUGAUAUUGAUUAAUUCACACAGUUGAUCAGACGUUAUCCUGACCGGCGGGUGGGGGGGGGGGCACAUGUGUGCAAAUACUAUUAAUCACCUAAAGGCAUGUUCCGACUACGUUCACAAUUUGUAUCAAUCAUAAACUAUCGAGAAAAUGAUCACAUUUUAUUUGUCCGGAGUUACACAAUUUUGACAACAACUGAGGUUGUACAUAAGACAUGCGCCUUGCCAACUGUAGAGCGAACACAUGUAUUGUUUAAAAACACAUUUAAUUCGUAAAUUUUUAAAGAAUCUGUUUAUCCACAAAUGUAAUAACAUUUCGCCUCCAAAAUGUGAAUAAAAUCAAUUUUGAUCUCAAA